CUAUCUUCCAUUCUUUGUUUCUCCUUCUUCUUUCUCAUUUUCAAUUCCGUUCCAUCCUCAGCAGCAACUUCACUUGGUGAAUGGGAACUCCUCCAAAAAAGUAUCGGCAUAUCAGCAAUGCACAUGCAGUUACUCUAUAACGAUCGCGUCAUUAUCUUCGACCGCACCGACUUCGGCCGUUCCAAUCUCUCCUUGCCUGCUGGCAAGUGCCGGAAUGACACCAACGACUAUGUUCUCCAACAUGACUGCACUGCUCAUUCCGCAGAAUAUGAUGUAAGUAAUAAUUCUAUACGGGCCCUUACCAUCCUGACCGAUACUUGGUGUUCUUCCGGUGCCGUCACCCCCAACGGAACCCUCAUCCAAACCGGUGGAUUCAAUGACGGUGACCGUGUUGUCAGAACUUUCCAGCCGUGUAGUACUUGUGAUUGGCAAGAGAUUACAAAUGGACUCAUUCAACGACGUUGGUAUGCCACCAAUCAAAUUCUACCAGAUGGACGAGUCAUCGUGAUUGGUGGCCAAGAGAACAAUUACGAGUUCUAUCCCAAAUCGACGUCCACGGAUACUGUAUUCAACUUGACAUUUCUAGAACAAUCUAGUAAUCUCUACCCAUUUGUUCACCUCAAUGUCGAUGGCAACUUAUUCAUCUUGGGCUACAAUGUAGCAAUCUUGUUCAACUACACCAGCAACACUGUCGUCAAAACUUUUCCAGCAAUUCCAGAUUAUCAGUCUCGGACCUAUCCAUUCACGGGUUCCUCAGUUCUUCUCCCAUUGAGAAACUUACAACAAUCUUCAGUGGAAGCUGAGGUCCUCAUCUGUGGUGGAGCUCCAUGGGAGUCAGCCAGCCAAGCCGCUUCAGGGAACUUCACCGAUGCCUUAAACACAUGUGCGAGAAUCCGAAUUACUGACCCGAAUCCGACAUGGACCAUGGAGACAAUGCCGCUUGCUAGAGUGAUGGGAGAUAUGACCUUACUCCCCAAUGGCCAAGUCUUGAUCAUCAACGGUGCUGCAAGGGGGCUUGCCGGGUGGGAAUAUGGUAGAGAUCCGGUCUUCUAUCCGGUUCUGUACCAACCCGAUAACCAAAACGGGUCUCGGUUCCAAGUACUAAACCCAACUACCAUUCCACGUAUGUACCAUUCAACUGCAAUCUUACUAUGUGACGGUCGAGUUCUAGUGGGAGGAAGCAAUCCCCAUCAGUAUUACAACUUCACCGGCGUUCUUUAUCCGACGGAAUUAAGCUUAGAGGCAUUCUCACCUGCUUAUUUAGGUUCGGAAUUUUUGGGAUUACGGCCAACGAUCAUCACCCCGUUGUCAUAUACUCGCGUAACAUAUGGGCAACAAUUUCUGCUACAGUUCUCGGUGACGAAUCAGGUGAACGAAAGCAUGAUAGAGGUGACAAUGGUGGCUCCAUCUUUUACGACACACUCGUUCUCUAUGAGUCAGAGGUUGUUGGUGUUGGAUAGCAAUAAUGUGAUUGCCUUGAGGAACUUAUUGUAUACCGUGGCAGUGACGAUUCCAAAUUCAAAUUUCCUGGCACCUUCUGGGUAUUAUCUUUUAUUUCUGGUUCAUCAAGAUAUACCUAGUGAGGGGAUUUGGAUUCAACUCCAGUGAUAUAUUAAUUGUAAUAGUGUAUUAUUUUAAUUAGUUU